UUGUGCGAACUUCAUUAAAAAAACAGUUGAAGUAAUUUUUAAAAUUAAAUUUUAAUUAUACACAUAAUGAUAACCUUCAGACAGGGCCUAUAUAUGCUACAAGAAGCGGCCAGAUUUCAUGUUAAGAGCAAGGGCAUCUAAAGCUAAUUUAAUUACUUCAUUACUAAAGUUGCAGGUAAUCGUAGUCCAUCAAGAAAAUGUCCCAUAUUGUGUUUGGAGCACCAAUCACCGAUCAAACACUGAAGGCUGUGGCUAGGAUUGAAGGCAAAGAUGUAACUACCUUCACAGCUUUGGACAGAUCCAGGUAUACCAUGACUACGAGGGGCGAUGAAAAGAAGGAGAAGAAAGCAGACACGUAUUUGGAGAAACUCCGAUUUGCGGAUAACGUUAAUGGGGUGGAAUGCCUUGUUUUUAACGCCAUUGGAGGGCAUUUGGUGUUGGAUAGUUAUCAAAACUGGGGCGGAAGCCUAGGCAGUGGGCCUUAUCCGCUCACCAUAGAAAAUGGACAAUUUGGUGCCUUCUUUCAUGGAAUGUUUGACGGUACAAAAGAAAGUUCAGGUGCUGUAUGCUAUACCGGAAUCUAUGAUAUCAGAACUAGUGGCGUAGGAGAAUGGGUCAUGGCCUGGAAAUACACACCCGGAACCAAACCACCACUCCGGUGUCGUGCUGAAGCGAGGCAAAAAGCGUUGUAUCGUGAGGGUACGAAAGGGGCUGAGGAGGCUUGGAAGAAAUUGAAGAAGGAUCUGGAAACAGGUUCUAAUUACAAACAUCAUAACGAUGGCAUAAUGUGCAUUGUCGGUCACAUUGGUUACGUCGACAAAGAAGGGAAAGAAUUAGAUGACCCUACAAGUGACACCGUCCCCAGAAUUUCAGCGUCAAUGUAUCUUUACAAUAACAAUCCUUCUUCUUGAUUUGCAUGUAAUCCAUCAUCCUUCAUUCUAUAAUCUAUCUUUAUAGUAACACUUUUCCUUUUUUAUUCAUGUUGUCUAGCUAGUCUUAAUAAAGGUCCAUUCGACCAUGUAUCCGGCCUUUUAUUUUCUCAAUUUUUUAUUGUUUUUUGUUUUAAAGCCAUGUCGUUUCCUUUCAAUGAUGUUUGGAAAAUUCUCAUUGUUAAAUAGCUUUUUUUUUUGUUUU